AUGCUUUGGCCAAACGUUUUCUUGCUUUUCUUGGCAAUCGUAUGGCCCUUUCAAUCUGUUGAUGCUAGUCAUUUUUCAUCAUUCGGUAUUAAAGAAUAUAAGAUUAUUCGUGCAGUUCAUGAUGAAACAAAUACGCGUCGAUAUAAACGAUCCAUUUUGAAAAAUAAUCCGCAUCGAAUUCUUACUCUUGAACUUGAUGAUAAAAAUAUUACAUUGAUUUUGAAAAGCAUAAAUGAAUUCUUCGCUAACAACGCAGAUAUUCAUCUUGGUGCAUCAACUUUUCUUCCGAUUAAUUCUUCUAUUCUUUAUGAAGGCUAUGUAUUAGAUCAUCCUGAAACUUCAUAUGUUACUGGUGGAUUUUAUUCAAAUUGGUUUGAUGGUAUUAUAAAAUUGUCAAAUGAAACAUGGCAUAUAGAACCAACUCGUAAAUACGGCAAUACUUUAGUCGAUUUUGGUUCAUCAAUUAUAUACAAUGCACUCGAUGUUGACAUGACAAAAUAUAAUAGUAGUGAAGCGUUGCGGUAUAAACGAUACAUUAUGAAUGAAGAUGAAGAGUCAUUACCAUCUUUUUGUGCAUUAAAUGAUAAUAAAAGACGAGAAAAAAUGCAAGAAGAAGCAGAACGACUAGUUCAAGAUAAAUAUAAUGAUUUCAAUUCGAAAUCGUAUUUCACACGAACAAAACGACAAUCAACAAAUAAUACAGAUCGAGAACGCACUUGUUGCUAUAUGUACAUCCGUAUUGAUCCAACUCUUUGGGAUAUUGUUUAUAGAAAUGAAGGACUGAAUGAAAAAGAAGCAACUAUUCAUGCACUGGUUACAUUUUUAUAUCGUGUAGUAACAGCAGCAAAUGCAAUAUAUCGUUCAGUAAAAUUUGAAUCAAAUGGUGAUUUUCUUUAUCGAUUUACACUAAGAAUACAACGAAUUCGAAUUUUAACAUCUGAUGAUUGUAUGCAAAAAAAUAUAACACUAAGUGAAACAAAUAUAUGCCGUUCAUUUCUUGAUUCAAAUGUUUUAUUAACAUGGCAUUCAGUUGGAAAUUUCGAUGAAUAUUGCUUGUCAUAUUUAUUUACUGCAAGAGAUUUUGGUGAUGGAACAUUAGGUUUAGCAUGGAUGGGAAGCAUUCUACCAAAUAAUCGUGGUGGUAUUUGUGAAAAAUCUGCAAAAGAUAUCUAUGAAGGACAACGGGUUAUCAAAACUCUCAAUACAGGAAUGAUAACUGUUAUUAACCAUAAUACGAGAACAUCAGCAUUAAUGACAGAAUUAACAUUUGCUCAUGAAGUUGGACACAAUUUAGGGGCUGAGCAUGAUGAUGAUAAAUGUGGAGAAGGUACAACAUUUGGUCAUUAUAUAAUGUAUCGAAGGGCAACAACUGGUCUUGAAGAAAAUAAUAAUAAAUUUUCAAAUUGUAGUAUGAAUAAAAUGGGAUCUGUUAUGAUUUCUAUUAAAAAUCAACUUCAUGGAAAAACAAACUGUUUAGCAGAGUGCUCGCAGGUUGGCUAUUGUGGCAAUAGGAAUGUUGAAGAUGAUGAAGAAUGUGAUUGUGGAUUUAUUUCGGAAUGUACAGAUCAUUGUUGUUAUCCAGCUGAUGUGUCCGACGCAAAAUUAGGUUGUAAAUUGAAACCUGGUGCUCGUUGCAGUCCAUCAAAAGGAACAUGUUGCUCCGAUCAAUGUACUUUUCAUUCUACUACACACAUAUGUCAUAAAGAUAAAGCUAGUCAAGAUUGUAUUGGCGAUGUCCUAUGCGAUGGUAUUCAAGCGACAUGUCCUCUCAAUGAUACACAAUUUUUUAAGCGAAUAGAUACACCAUGCAAUCUAAAUACGGCAUUAUGCGAUCGAGGGGAAUGUAACAAAAGUAUAUGUACCUUGAUUGGUCAAAGUGAAUGUACCUUAACCAUACCAAAUGUUGUUGAACCAUUACGUCAGCGAGGAAUUGAUCGAGAAUAUUUGUGUCAUAUUGGCUGUUUCGAUAAACAAAAAAAUUCGUGUGUAGAUACGCAUGUUCUUCUUAUGCCAAAUAAUUACAGUAAAACUGGUUAUGGUUAUAAACAUCGACCUGGACAUGCUUGUGCUGGAACAGCUGGAUAUUGUGAUGUAUUUGGUAAAUGUCGCGCUGUCGAUGCUGAAGGUCCAUUAUCUCGAUUGAAAAAUAUGUUACUCAAUGAUGAGAAUAUACGUACGCUGACUGAAAUCGUUCAAGAAUAUUGGUGGGCUUUGGUAUUGGGUCUAUUAGGCUUACUUGGUUUUAUGAGUAUUUUUGUAAAAAUUUGUUCAGUUCAUACACCUUCAUCAAAUCCACGUUUCAAACCUGCGCGAUCGUUUUCAUUUACACAUGUACCACAUGAUUCUCGACAUCGUGGUCAACGAAUUCCUCGUCAGCUUACAUCUCCAUCACGACAAAAUGCAACCGAACUUAGUUCAUCACAACAGCAGUCAAAAGCAGAUGUACUCGAAGCAUCUUCAUCAAAUAAAAAAGACAAUGUUUCUCGUGUUUAG